GUUUCCAGAAUUAUCUUUUCUUCACUUCUCUUUCACCGAGUCCCUUUUCCCAGAUUUCUACUCGCUUUUCCGGAUAUUCGAUUAGGAUUUGUCCAACUAAUUUGUAGGGUUUGGCUUGAAUUGGAAUCUUAUUCGGGUUUUAUCGUAAAGUUUGCAUUUUUCUUAUUCAUAGUUCUGAUUCUUCCACAGUUUCUGUCCAUUGGAUAUAUUCCCUUGUGCGAUUAUCGCAGAAGCAUUGUGUUAGUGGUUUAGAUUUCUUCAAUAAAGAAACAGUUUAGGGGGUAGUGCUGAACAUAAAAGCCUGAGUUAGCUUCUGUCAUUGUCUCUGGAGAAAUUAAAGUUCAAGAAGAUAACUUAGCCCGAGUAUUACCAAUAACAAGUAGAAAUGCUCGAGGGCUUUGACGAGAUGGAUGCCUUUGUGGCACGAGGUUGCGGCCUGGUAAUGUCAAAGGACGAACACGAGCGAUUGGUUACGAGCGAGAAUCAAGCUGUCAGGAUAUCAAACGCGGCAAACAUGUUCCUUUUUAUUGCUAAAGUGUAUGCUUCCAUCACAAGUGGUUCAUUGGCCAUCAUCUCAUCCACUAUGGACUCUCUUCUCGAUAUUUUGUCCGGUUUCAUCCUAUGGAUUGCUGCAUCUUCUAUGCAGACACCAAACCCGUAUCAGUAUCCAAUCGGGAAGAGAAGGAUGCAACCACUGGGAAUCCUUGUUUUUGCGUCGGUCAUGGCGACUCUAGGCCUGCAAAUUAUCUUGGAAUCGGUCCGCACUUUGGUCUCUGCUAAAAAUGCCUUUAGGCUUACGAAAGAGCAAGAGAGAUGGGUGGUAAGCAUAAUGUUGACGGUCACUCUGCUGAAGCUUCUUCUACUCGUCUAUUGCCGCUCGUUCAAAAACGGGAUCGUAAGGGCUUAUGCACAAGAUCACUUCUUCGAUGUCAUCACAAACGGCAUCGGUCUUACUUCUGCACUCCUCGCUAACCGCACCGGACAUUGGAUGGACCCACUUGGAGCUAUCAUUCUUGCUCUGUACACGAUCGGAACAUGGUCAAAGACGGUUCUUGAGAACGUGAACUCGCUCGUGGGGAAAUCGGCGACGGCAGAGUAUAUGAGGAAGUUGACGUACAUGUGCUGGAACCACCACGAGGCGAUCAGACAGAUUGACACGGUCCGUGCCUACAGCUUUGGGACGCAUUACUUUGUCGAGGUCGAUAUCGUCUUGCCUUCGGACAUGCCCUUGCGAGUGGCUCAUGACAUCGGCGAGUCGCUUCAGAACAAGCUCGAGAUGUUGCCUGAGAUCGAGAGGGCCUUCCUACACCUUGAUUAUGACUGCACUCACAAGCCGGAGCAUUCUCAUUCUGGUUAAAUAUGCAAUGUUUACUGAAAUAAAUAAUACAUAUAUAUAUAUAUAUAUAUAUAUAUUUUUUUUUUUGUUGAUUAUAUGUGUGUUUUUUUUUUAAAAUUGAACACGUUAUUUUUACCAUUCCAAGUUUUGGAAUACUUGUCGGAAUAGC